AUGGCCCCUGGCACUAUCACAAGAGACGAGGCAGGCCAUCAGACUACUAUCGACCUAUUCUUUGAAUCUCACCAUUUAUCAGAACGAUUCCUCGCAUCGGAGAUUUCCCACGAAUGCCUUGCCCACUCAUACCAUCUACCGAUUCGUAUAAUAUUCGACAUUCGAACCACUACUACCACCGACCAACCCAAACGGCGCAACUGGAAGGCCAUGGAAACCGGCAAAUUCGACAGAUUCGUGGCCAGCAACCUCCAAGGCAAGACCUGGCAGCUCUCAACUCCCCGGCAGACCGAUGAGGCGUCUAUCAAAACAACAAGACGCCUGUUUCGGAGAUACACAAUCACCAACGACGAGGAUGACUGGGAGGAAUACAAGUCUGCCAGGAACCGGAAGGGUCGAGUGAUCAAGAAAGCGCUAUGGACCGGCUUCCGUGAAUUCGUCAAGGAAGCUAUCAGCAAAGGACUUCAGGGUCUCUGGCAAGUGGCAGCAUUGCGAAAUGUCUUCUUCCUAGCCCUGCCAACAGCUGAUCUCCCAAAUGUCACUGGGGUUCAGCGUGAUAACCAGAUCCUAUUCCCGCCUAUUACCGAGCAGGGAUUGGCCGAUGCAAUGAGCAAUGCAAUGAGACACGUACCUCCGAAUAAGGCCCCUGGGGCGGACGGCAUUCCCAAAUAUGGUGUGGAAGUUGCUUGCGGUUGGAUCAACAUCCCAGCGGGUCUUCAUUUCCACGGUAUUCGACAUAUUCAACGCAUGUCUACGAAUCGACCACAAGUCCCGCCAUUCUCAAAUCUUAAAAACGGUAACGUUGAGGACAGCUGGACCAGGAGACUACCGCUUGCCAAUGCCGUACAGACCGGUCGCGCUACUUAUACGCUCGGGAAGAUCCUAGAAAAAAUCAUUGCUACUUGGAUUGCCUGGGCUGUUGAGGACACUGCCUGA